AUCUGUUGAAUGAGUUGUAUGCAAAGAACGAGAAUUUGGAGGAAGAGGCACCUUCUACACCACCGGACAAGAUCAGAACCGUUCCAUUUAACAAGCAAGAGAAUGAUGCUAUAGCUAGUGAUUCGGAUGAUGACUUUCAAAAAGUGGCGGAAUCAAUGAUUGGGAAAGUGGAAGGAACAGCACUGAUGGUAGACGAUGUCGAUUUAGAGGAAAUUUUCGAGGAUUACUGUAAUGAAUGCGAUAAUAUCUUUGACUUAUGUCAUAGUGACAUAAUGGAUCUUAGACCUGCUUCAAAAUUCACAGAAAAAAUUCCUGAAGUAAUUUGGAAUAAAUUCGUGACAAACACAUAUCCGGAAUACAAAAUAUCUGAAAUAUGGGAAAAUUUAAUACAAGAUACAUUCAAGCCAAAAAAGACAUUAGCAGAAUGGAUGGAAGUUUGGCGUGGACUUUAUGCAAUUUCUGAUAAAAACGAAAGCAAUAGAGACCCGGUGAUGCUGGUGAUAAAAGAUGCGAUAUAUAAUAUUCUUACUCCAUAUAUUGAAGCUUUCAAAGCGCCAUAUAAUAUAUUAAAAUCAGGCGACCUUGGAGAAAAUCAAUAUAACUCACAAUUUGUAAGUCCAAUAUUGAAUAAUACACUCAAGGCUAUCCUUGAUAUCAACUGGAGAAUCCUUGAAGUCCCUGUUGAAAGUAGCAAGCACCGACGAAAUGCUAACAUAAACCCAAUGGUUGACAAAGUCUUAGAAGCAAAACGUGCAGAUGGUCUUGCCCGUCUCUGGCAAAAUCAUGAGGAAGUGUUCAUAUAUGAACAGACGGGACCGCCAGAUUUCGAUGAUGUUACUCAAUUUUUUAUCCAUGAUUACAAGUUAGUUCGGACCAUGAGGGAUGUAUUAAAUCAGAGAAUAAUGCUUCGUCUUAGAGAUGGAAUAUCGGAUCAUAAAGAUCUAGCAAGCUUUGGUGCAUUUGGCCAUCGUACUGAGGUAUCUUUAUUUUGGUGUACGAUGCACCAAAAAUCGUAUUGUCUUCAGGAAUACGGAAGUUUUAAAAUUCCCGCAAUUUACCAGGAUCUUCCUGUACUAGCCGAAGCAAUUAUAACCUGCCUGAAAUUUUUUUCCUUUAUAAAAGAAAAUAUCGAAAAGCCCAAGUUAUAUACUGACCAAAAAAAUAAGUUAUUUGCCAAGCGGAAAGUUCAUACAGUAAAGCAGAAUCCACCAACACCAGAUCGACAUAAGAAACAAAAGCGUUAG